AUGCUUCUUCCAUCUGCUCUCGCCUGCGAUGUGCGCCGGUCGUCUCGCUUUACCCCCAGCCGCCUCUUCUCGACACCUCCCCCAGUCGACCACAACACCUCCGGCAACGGCCUGCUGGGCACCUGUCGCGCACUGCAGUCUCUCCUGAACGGAUCACCUGCGCCCUCAUCGCGCCGCUCGACCAAGGCCCAGCGCCUCCAGAGCCCACUGCCCAUCAACCCUCCGCGCCGGUCACCGCGACGCUCGACGCGCAAAGUCGCGCGCCCAGCGUCGCCUCGCCCAACUCCUCCACCUGUCACUCUCGCCCGUACACCCCCUCCACCACCCUCUGCGCCUGCGCGCGGCGCCAAUAAACGACGACGAGCCAGCGCAGAUGACGACGAUGACAUCGACUUUGAUCAGCGGCGUCGCUUCUCGACCCCUAAACGCCGCCGGCACGUCCCCUACGAUUUGCCCCUCGGCCUCUCCUACACAGACUUCUAUUCUCUGCACUCUCCACCAAUCACUCAGUCUCCUCCUUCGCCCGCGCAUCAACAACCACAGCCACAAAUACAACCACUCGAACAACCCAUUUCCUUCUGUGAUACCGUCCUCCCCUCCAUCGAAGAGGCAGACGAAAAGCCCUCAUCCUCAUGUCCACCGCCAGAAACAAGCUGGUCGGACGAAGACGACCAGCAUCUCAUCGAUCUGGUCCUUGAGAAGUUCCGUCUCUCCCAGCAGGAAUGGAAUGAUUGCGCGCGCCAAAUGGGUCGCAGCAGCUCUGCUACUGUCAACCGGCGCUGGAACUCUCUUGUCGGAGAAGGUCGUGUCGGGUUGCGGAGGGGGAGACGAUGA